AUGGGCCAGACACGUUGCCGCGCUCGGCCCGCCCGCUCGCCCGCAGCCCAGGAGCCGGGGGCCCGGCAGAGCGCGCCCCUCCCGCGCCGGCCGAGCGGAGCAGCCCCCGUCGCCCGGCCAAGCCCAGGUGCUGAGGGGGCGGGGUGGGGUCCCCGCGUGGCGCGAAGCCACGAGCAACAGGGCGCCCCCACCCCGACGGGCCCGGCGCGCGGCGAGACCGUUACCCGAGCGACGUGGGGGCCCGGGCAACUCACCGACUCGCACCUCGGCUUCCUCCGCGCCGCCGUCGCUCCUCUCCGCCCGCCGCCGCUGCUCUUUCUCAGCCGCAGGCGCCGCCGAGCAGCCCCAUCUACAAACUCGGGGCUCGUAGUUGGGAACUGGAAAUGCGGCUCUCACUCCCCUCCGCCUCCCUCUCCCUCCGCCCCCGCCCCCGCCCCCGCUCUCCACUCCGCCCGGCUCAGGUCGCUGCCGCCGAAGCCACCACCUCCGCGCGCGCGGCUAGGCUCCCCUCGGCCGCCCUCCUCCUCCUCCCCCUCCCGCCGCCGCCGCCGGGGCGCGCUCCCUCCCGGCCUCGCGCGUGCGCCGGACGCCGGGGAGCGCGCGCUCGGGCUCGAGGAGGCGCCGCCGCCUCCGGGAAGCCGGGCCCCGCCUCUCUGGCCGAGGCUCAGAGACCAGGUGGAGCCCCCUCCGAGCGCCCGCAGACUGCGCCCGGGCCCGAUGCGCCGCCCGCGCUCCGCGGCCUCUCCAUGGUGUCCCCGGUCCUGGCCCCGAGCCCUGCGAGACGGUCACCAGACCCAAUCCGCACCGGCCCUUCCAGGCCGAAAUUGCCGCUGUCAUUCAGCAUUUACAGAUGAGCAAGAUACUCCCCCGGGCGUGAAAGAGGCUCCCCCGCCCCUUUCCAAGAGUUUACAUUCAAAGAACCCACCAGCCGUGGGGCACAAAGGAUAA